UGUCCCAAAAAUAGCCACAGGCCCAUGUCCGCUAAACCUCGAGGACCCGGUGAUUCCAACGCAAUCGUCAACACUACCCAUCCGAAGUUCCAAUCUUCUCGCAUUUCAACUAUCUAUAUACCAAGCUCUUCUCCAUCAAAACCCUGUCCAUUAAAUUUAAUUAUUUAAGGGUUUCAAGCUUCAAUCCGAGAGCAAUUUCACUUUCCGAUUGCCGUGUACCAGCAUGAGAACUCGUAAUUCGGAUACUCCUAAACCGGCGACUGCGAAGAAAACGCCGCCACCAAGGAAAUCGGCGACCAAAACGCCUCCGAAUCCUCCCGAUUCGGGCGCGGGUUUGGAUACUCCAAAAUCCGCCGAGGCGAAGCGCCCCCCCGCCACCAAAGCGAAGCCGGUGAGGAAGAACGAGACCGCAACCCCACCGAGCACGGGUUCCGAUUCGAAACCCCAACAGUCAUCAGUAGCAGAGGAGCCCAAAGCAUCAGGUGAUGGUGCUCAGGUGACUCCAGGCACAAAAGUCGUUAAGGUGACAAAAAAGGUGGUGAAGAGGAUGUCUGGGAGAGCUAAGACGCCCACUUCGGCAAAAGGUGUUACAACGCAGACACCCAAAUCUGGGGAAUCAGUGAAGGCAAAAGUUGAAGAAUCUCGGGAGAAGGAGGAUCUAGAGGAAGCCACUGUUGAAAAUGUUGGAGAAUCUGGGAAGAAUGAAGAGACCGUGACAGAAGUGGGGGAGCCUGUUGUUGAAAACACUGGUGAUUCUGCGAGGAAGGAAGGAACUGUUAUGGAAGUGGAGGAAACUGUUGUUGAAAGUUCUGUGGAAGUGGAAGAACCAGUUGCUGAAAAUAUUAGUGUAUCUGCAAAGAAGGAAGAAAGUGCAAUGGAAGUACAAAUAGCUGCUAUUGCAAAUGUUGGAGAUUCUGUAAGGCGAGAAGAGCCUGUUGUUGAAGAGGUUGCAAAAUCAGCUGAGGAUGAGGAAACUGAUGGUGCAAAGGACGGAGAGGAAGUUAUCGAGGAAAAAGAGGAGGAUACAAGAGGUGUUGGAAAUAACGAGGAACCCAAUGUUGAUCCUGUUAACAUGGGAGAAAAUGUCAUAGAGGACUUCCGUGAAGAAGAUGCUCAAUUUGUGAAGGAGUAUGGGAGUGAUGAGGGAAUUGAAGAUUACGGCGAUAGAGUGGACCUUGGUGAACAUGGGGAAGACGAGCUUGUUGAGGAUGAUCCGGAGGAGCCUGCUGAGUAUGAUCCAGAGGAGCCUGCUGAAUAUAAUGAGGGAUUGGAAGAAGAAUGCAGGGAAUUAACAGCUGUUGCUAAGGAGCGUAAGAUUAAAAAAGAGCAUGAGAUAUUUGUCGGUGGGUUGGAUCGGGAUGCAGAGGAGGAAGAUGUGAGAAAGGUCUUUGAGAGGAUUGGAGAGGUAGUUGAAGUUAGGUUGCAUAGGGAUCCAUCUACUAAUAAGAAUAAGGGGUAUGCAUUUGUGAAGUUCGCUAAUAAGGAGCAUGCACAGCGGGCUUUGUCAGAAAUGAAGAACCCUGUUAUUCAUGGAAAGCGGUGCGGAACUGCACCCAGUGAGGACAAUGACUCGUUGUUUCUGGGUAAUAUCUGCAAUACAUGGACUAAGGAAGCUAUCAAACAGAAGUUGAAAGAAUACGAUGUGGAAGGUGUUGAAAACAUCACUCUUGUUCCAGAUGUUCAGCAUGAGGGGUUGAGCCGGGGUUUUGCAUUCCUUGAGUUCUCUUGCCAUGCGGAGGCCAUGCUUGCUUACAAGAGGCUUCAAAAGCCUGAUGUUGUUUUUGGCCACCCUGAGAGAACUGCCAAAGUAGCUUUUGCUGAACCUUUACGUGAGCCUGACCCAGCAGUCAUGGCCCAAGUGAAGUCAAUCUUUCUUGAUGGGCUUCCGCCUCACUGGGAUGAAGACCAUGUUAGAGAGCAGCUUAAAGGUUAUGGGGAGAUUGCACGAAUUGUCCUGGCCCGGAAUAUGUCAACAGCCAAGAGAAAGGAUUUUGGAUUUGUUGAUUUCUCUACCCAUGAAGCUGCUGUUGCUAGUAUUGCUGGUAUAAACAAUUCACAACUGGGUGAUGGGAAGAUGAAAGUGAAAGCAAGGCUUUCAAAUCCUUUGCCCAAAACACAGGCUGUGAAGGGUGGAAUGUGUGGUGGAUUUCGAAUUGGCCAUGGCAAUGGUGGAGCAACGUCAAAUUUUGGUGGAAGGGGGUUUGGGCGGGGAGGACAGCCCUUUCACCGUGCAAAUUUCCAACGGAAUAGGGGUUUCUAUCAAGGUGGACGUGGUCAAACUAGUAGAAUGGGUUUUCCAAAUAAAUAUGAUAAUCCAUAUAAUGAGUUUCAUGGGAGGCAAUUUACUGGACGAGGGGGAAGAAGGGAUUCAUAUAGAGGUGGUAAUUAUGCAUCUGGUGUGGGACGUGCGGUCACUGCCCCUUCAAGACCUAAUCUUGAUCGACCCUGGCAUGGUGCCCCUUAUAGAGGCAGUGGGAUGCAUUUUCCUUCUAGGAGGCAACCAUAUUCUCCGGAGAGACACUUUGACAGACCUUUCAUUGGAAGGCACUUUGAUGAGCCUUUUUUUUAUGACGACGAUGCACAUGGGAUGAAACGCCCGUUUUAUAUGACGGACCCUGAUCCUGAUUACAUGGAGCCUAAUAGGUUUCGCCCGCGUUUGGAUUACGCUGAUACAUCUGCUUUUCGUGCAAACAGCUAUCGUGAUGCUUAUGGAGCUGGCAGCAGUACCUACCCCCAUGAUUAUUAUGGCCCUGAUUAUGGUGGAGGUCCAUAUUCAUCUUUCUAUGGGAGUGACCGCCCAUAUGGCAGUGGCUAUUACUAUUAGAUUCUAGGAAUCAGUGGUGGGCUUGGAAAUGCGGGAUACACUUCAUAAUGAUGAACAAGUGACUUGCUGCUAGAAAGAGAAUGAUGCUGUUUAAUCGUGCUCCUGAUUGCAUCAGAAAAGUUGAAGUAGCAUUAUAUAUUCCCUGCGUGUCUUCGUACUACUUUCCUCUAGUUCUUCACCUCUCUUACUCUUUUGUUUCCUCUCUAUGAAGUUUUUGGUAGAAUAUCUGGGGUUUUGAUGCUUAUAGUUUAGGAUGUGUCCCAAGGACCUUGACUAAGAAGUGAUGUAUUUUCUUCUGGUGGAGAAUGGAUGGACCUGCCCCUUUAGCCUUAGGUAUCAAAAUCUUGAGGAUUUCUGAUAUGGGCUGUUGUGUUAAAGUGCAAAAGUUUGAUUGCUUUGUUGAUGAUACAAUCUUGAUGCUUUGGGAAACUUACUUGAAGUCAAGAGUUUCAGAUUGAGGUUUUACCUUUUCUUUUGGUGGAGGUGCCAAGAUUAAAAUUUUUAAAUGAGGAUGGGGGCUUUUUGGAGAAUACCUUGAGUGUUUUUCCGGAGAGAUAAAAGGUUUCAAAACUUGCAUGCAUGACAGAGAGUUAUAUAAUUUUGAUAAAAUUCUGGAACUUGCAAUAUUGUUGGAGGUAUUUAUGGAUUGGGCAGGAUUUUGUUCUUAUUUAUUGUUGAUUUGAGGUAAAGGAGAGAAAGGGGGCGGGGGGCAAUUUGUCCAUGAUUUUUUUCUGCUGAAAGUAUAUAUUAAACAUUAUGCAUUUAAUCUGAAAAGCUGGUGUUUCCCCUUUAUGGAAUCAAGAUCAAACCCAUUUUGUUUUGAUGCCUCCAUGGGUACCACAAGUGGUUGAGUGAUAGAUCUGUGACAUAUAGUACUUGAUCAAGUUCAUUAUCACAUGUUUUCCACGGGAGAGCUCUAUGGUAUUUCUACUAACUGGCAUCGUUUGGUGUGCUUAAGACUUGUAGUCCAUUUUGUUUUUUGGGUGAGACAAAUCUGUGUUUCCAGGUGAUGGUUGUUAAGGUUCAAUUGCAUCCCAAUUUUGAUUUCUACCAUGAUACUGGCAAGUAAUAAUGUAGAAACAAUAUCGGUUUCCAUUGCCAAAUUGAAGUUUGAUAUGAAAAGACAUGCUACUUGAACUUAAGAUGGUUGAAUUGCUUUUCUAGAGUGUUAACAUUUCUGGUGGUGAUGUGCAAUUUCUCUGUUCCUUCAUGAAUUGAGGACAGGAUCUUGAAUGCGCUCUUUUGGUUCGCGACUGAAUCAGCAGUAGUGAGCUAAAUGGUUUGGAUAGUCAGAUUUUUUCUAAGGUAUAAUAGCUAGUGUUUGUAGUUUUAGAGGUUAUGAUUGUAUUGAAUGUUGUUAGUGGUCUUAGGGUUGCUUACUAAUGGAAACAGAGACGCCGGACAUUAUGGCUGUUUCAUCCUUUUUAGGUUAUAAUCUUAGGGUCUGUUGGAAAUUGAUACAUUGGAUGUUACGACCAUAUCAUGGUAGUAGACUGAGGUAGACUGAGGUGAGUGUGAUUAGGGUUAUUUUGGCAUGGUUGUUUCAAAAUAUUUGAAUAUUUUGCUUUCGGUGGAUUAAUAUAAAAAUAUUUUAUGUCAAUGUCACAAUGAAUAUCCACCAUCUGACAAACGACCAAGUAUUUUUAGCUCUUCACUUUUGGUGGACUUAACCGAUAUAUAUAAUAUUACACAUAGUGAUUGAUAAAUUAUGAUCUUUUUGUAUCUCCAUAUAUUGAUGCUUCCACUAUCUAGAAAGAAUUAUUUCCCCAACUUUUUUCCCUCAUCUUGUCUGCUUACCAGUCCCAAAUACUUGAUCAAACUAUUGUUGUGAGGGAAAAGCUGAAUCAUGGAGAAUUUAGCAUUGAUAGAAUGAAAAAGGUUGAGAUAUCAUUUACUUUUAUUGUUUUUUUUUUCUCUGAAUAUUGGUAUAUUCCAUUUGAAAUCUUGUUACAUAAGCUCUAUUAAAGGAUUUUAAAACAUGCAUUUGUAACUUCUUAAAGUUAGUCUUUUUCAUAAUUAUUAUGUUGUUUAAGUAGAUGCUUGACAGCAAAGGGUCCACAGUUGAGCAAGAAUGGUGGUACCUCCUUGCCUGACACUGUAGAAUUAAGAGUGGCUACAUAUUCCAGGUAUUUAGACUGGUGCAUUUAUGACAUCUUGCAAACAUAUGGUUUGUUGUCUACAAAGUCUCUUAUUCAAGUCAAGUCCUCCAGCCUAGGUUAUACCUUUUCUGAUUGAUGCGAAGUUUCAAGGUCAUUAUGGUUCCUGCUUGUAGUGUUUUCUUAUUAUUUCUUCAUUUUGUCUUGAAAAAGAAAAUAUUUUGGGUGACCUAGCAGCUCUGAAUUUUACCGGGCAUUGGUGAGCUGGAUCAGUGAUUCAGUGGGAUGUAAAAACAUGAAAGUUGAACUAGCAUAAUGUAUUACUGCUAAGUUGGUUUU